AUGGGCUCCUGUGAAUCUGAUUACUGUUUUAUCGAGCGAAAACCAACAGACGUACAGGGACGUUAUCGAAUCACAAAAGGAUGUUUAAAGCGACCAUCAAGGACGCAAACUGGAUGCGAUUAUGACCAUUUUCGCGACCAUAUUUUAUGCGUAUGUACAGGUGACUUUUGUAAUGAUAUGAUUUACAUUCGGCCUGUAUAUAGACGCAACAUUACUUGUCGCAGUUGUCAGGAGCGAGAACCAGACUGUGAGCACAUUUGUCAAGGACAAUGGUGUCAUGAGGACUUUACCACAGGAGCAUCAGGCUGUGGAUACGGUCCUCCUUCAUUGCCAUACUUUUACAAAGGUCCUGAAUUACUAGAGCAUAGAACAAGAUUAUGCGUCACAAUCAGCAGAGGCAAUGGAAAAUCAAGGAGACAUUGUAUUUGUAAUUCAAAUAACUGUAAUGCUGCCUAUCGAUCAUAUUAUCCUUGGACUAAUACGGAUGGUGCUACAAAAGUGCGAUCACUCAUCGGUCCAAGUCGAAAUGCGGUAUUUCAAAAGUGCGUUAAUUGUGAAGUGAGUGCUCAUGAUACAGCAUUUAUUGCUUCUUGCAAACAGAACACUUGUGUUGGUCACUUUUGCACAUAUGCUACUCAAAGGAUGCUUAUUGGUAAUAAUUAUCGCACGCACAUUACUCCCAUUAUCACUGAACGACAAGGAUGUAUCAAUGUGACUGAUAGCAAAAAUGUGCAACUUGGCUGUACUCAUAAAUGGAUGGAUAAUGAAGAAGAAGAAUUGUUUUGCGCUUGUACAGGUUUAAAAUGUAAUAGAGAUUUAGCAACUGCCAGUUUAAAUCUUGCAUCUAUAAUUUUCUAUCGAACAAGCUUAUCAGCAUUCUUCCUUUCUUGGAUCUCUGUAAUAUUUUACGGAUUUUAG